UUUAACAAUGUGCACCGGUCGUCGUGCGGCGGUGUGGUUUGUGCUGUGCGCACGUUCGGUGGGGGAUCGGUAGAAAAUAUUGUUUGCGGGGGGUCGAAAGGAUGCCGUCUUCUAAAAUUGCGGCCGCCAGCGUGCGUCGAACGUGAAGGCGCGCGAGCGACCGCCAAUAGAGCCCCCAGCAUGGCAGGGAAACUACCGUCGCGUCUUCAGGGCGAAAAGGCGCACUCGUCGAAACCCUAUGAAAGGCGAAAGACUUUGGUGCAGACCGUGAAGGAGCUGCUGCUGCCGUCAUGGCUGACGUCGUGGAAUACGCCCCUGGUGACCGAGGAGGAAGCGGACAACCUCUGGCCACGGGAGGAGGCGUCCGCUCCGCCGGACCAGUCUGCAAAGAGGCCCCGCACAGAGCGUCCGGCGGCAUACUCGUUUGCGGAGCCCCAGGACCCUCGGGAGGAGCUCGCGGGCCCCCAGUCCCUGCUCAACGGGGAUAGCCACUCGGAGAAGAGCGAGGCCUCGGGGUCCACGAGCGGCUGCUCCUCCCUCGGGGGCCCCGAAAGGGAGUCCGCGGCGACGCCAGAGCCCCGGGCGAGGCGCCACGACUGGUCGCACACGCGGGACUGCGGGGUCAUGGCCAACCUGCCCUCCUCGGGGAUCCCGGACAGGCUGCGCGGCGGGAACGGGCACGGGUGUGUGGGUUCAGCCGAGAGCGCCUCCCGCCAGAGCCCGGCAACCCCCAGGUGGCGCGUGCCGCAGCGGACGGCCUCCGGGGGCCAGGGCCCCGGCUUCAGCCUCUCUGCCUUCGGAACGCCCGUCACACCGGGGGGCCGGGAGCGCCAGAGGCUCCAGUCACCCUUCUACCCGGGCCGGACGACGUACGGGGGCGCCGCGUCGUACAGCCGCUUCCGUCUGGCAACGGGGGGCACGCCCAAGGCGGAGACGUCGGUGCAGCUGCGGGAGCGCCGGCGAGGGCCCGAGGAGGAGGGGUUGCCGGACUGCAUGAGCAACGCCACCCGCCAGAUCCUGAGCACCUUGGAGCGCAUGGCCAGCCCCCUCACGGAAGCGAAGAAGGUGCCCCUGGACCGUGGGAGUGGCCCUUCCCUCCUCAGUUACAUGCCCCCGAGCCAGAGGAGGCGGGCCCCGUACCUGCGUGGCAGCCCCGUACCGGGUCCCCCCCGGAGCCAGCACGCCCGCCCCUUGGCCUCCAGGACGGCCAGGAACCUGGACCCCGCUGUGUCGGCGGCCAGGAGGGCAGCCCUUGUCACCCCCGCUCCCCAGGACUCCCAGGUAAGGGAGCAGAGGGAAGAGAUCACCCAGGCGUCCCGACCGGCGUUGGAGACGCGGGUGGCACCCAAGGACACGCCCGCCCCCGCGCCGGCCACCAAUGGGAGCUUUCCGAGCUGUGGCGGCAGUGACCGGGCCGGCGGCAAGGUGUCCAGGACGCGCGGCAUUCACUCUUCGCGAAGGCCCGAGCAGGGCUUUGAGGACGCUCCGCUGCCCCCUGACCUGCCGGACAUUCCGCUUCCCAUCGGGUCCCUGCCCAGCUUCACGUUCCAGCUGCCGGCCCCGAUACCGGUCGCCAAGCAGACAUCCGGUGUUCAGUCGACUUUUGCCAAUGUCCGGCCGACGGCAGCCGACGUCAGACCGGCCGUGGCCGACGUAAGACCAACGGUGACAGACAUCAGACAGACAGUGGCCGACAUCAGGCCGACGGCGACCGCCAAGGGCGAGUUUGCGCUUGCACAGCCCUUGACCCUGGCCACGGCUUCGUCGGUCUCCUCGCCGGCCCAGGAGUUCAGCUUCAGCGUGCCGGCCCAGGUGACUGAGUUGCAGCCGGUCUCGCAACGGACGGUCCCCGCAGAGCAGGGCAAGGCGGACAUGAGGAAAAAGGCGGAGGUGCCGGCGGGGCCUGCUGCGCCGGCUUCCCAGCUGGUCAUGCAGGGCAGCGUCAUGGACGUGCUCGGCCGGAAGGACGCUGCCAAGGAAAUUGCCCCCGAGCCGGCGAAUGUCCGGAGUUCCGGAGGCAAGGCGGCUCCCAAGAAGUCUGGAGACGUCGCGGAUGCGGCGGGCACUUGGACGCCUGCUUCCACUUCAGAAGCCCUAUCGGGGAAGUCCAAGCCUGCGGCCGGCUCCUGGAGCUGUUCGGCGUGCAAGAUCAGCAACGCCGAGUCGAACGUCAAGUGCGCCGCCUGUGAACAGUGGCCAACUAUCACCACGGCCGCUGCUCCGGCGUCCACUUCGGGACCUGCGACCACGGAGGCCCCCUCUCAGGGCACCCCCAAGGGCUUUGGGGACCUGUUCCGGCCGUCUCCCGCCACCUGGGAGUGUGACUCGUGCAUGGUGCGCAACGAGGCCAAGGCACAACGCUGCUGCGCCUGCGAGACCCCCAGGGUGUCCCCGGCCCCGGCCCUGUGGGAGAAGUUCAAGCCUGCAGCCGGCUCCUGGAGUUGUUCGGAGUGCAUGAUCAGCAACGCCGGAACGGCCGUCAAAUGCGCCGCCUGCGAGACUCCCCGCCCGGGGGCGCCACCCGCAGCCCCGACGACUGCCACGGCCACUGCCCCAGCAUCUACUUUGGGACCUGCGGCCACAGAGGCCCCCUCCCAGGGCACCCCCAAGGGCUUUGGGGACCUGUUCCGGCCAUCUGCCGCCACCUGGGAGUGCGACACGUGCAUGGUGCGCAACGAGGCCAAGGCCCAACGCUGCUGCGCCUGCGAGACUCCCAGGGUGUCUUCGGCCCCGGGUCCGACCGGCACGUUCAAGUUUGGCAUCCCCACGUCUGCCACCCCCGCCACACCGGCGCAGACUUCGGCGCCGGCCACCUUCAAGUUCGGCAACCUGACCGCCACGUCGGCACCCACCCCUUUCAAGUUUGGCACGCAGGAGACCUCCACCUCCGCGGCCUCGCCGCCCGUGGCGCAGUUCAAGUUUGGGUCGGCCAUGUUGGCCUGCAAGCCGCAGGGGCCACUUGGGCAGGACGCCACCUUCAAGCAGAAGGUCGAGGAACGCGCCGGCAAGCCCCCCGCCCCGGGCUCGGCCGAACCUCCCAAGACGGAACCCGCUGUCGUCUUCGGGGCGCCCAAGACCGAAAGCUCGGCGAGUCCGGCCGUCUUCUCGUUUGUCCCGAGCUCGUUUGCGCCGAAACGCAAAAAUGAGGCGAUUGCCGAGGCGCCGGAGAUUAAAGCUUCGAUGCCUUCGAGCGCGGUUUUUGGUGGUUCUGCAAAGACCGGGGGAACAGCGCGAGACAGCGGUCUCUUCGGGGCCCUCGCCAAGGCCUCCGUCGGGCUUCCGCCGGCGUCCACAUUGUGCCCUGGCGGUGCGACUGCGCCCAAAGUUGCCGACUCCGUCGCGAGUGCGGGUGCGCCGACCGGAGGCGACUCUCAAAAGGUUGGCUUCUCUUUCGACAAGCUCGCCAAGAACUCUCCGACGGCGGCCACCUUCUCCUUCGGGAUUCUCUCCAAGCCGACAGAGAGCGCCGCUCCACAAGGGAGCACAACCGUCGCGGAGACCAAGACGACUGCGACGUCCGCGGCACCCGCUUCGGUCGGAGGGUUCUCCUUUGGCGCCCCGCCGAAAACCUCGGAGGGCGGAGAACCUCCAAAGCCCGUAGGCGGUUUUUUGUUCGGAGCCACAUCGGUCGCGAAGAGCGACGGUUUCGCGUUCAAUGCCGCCACGCCCAAGCCCGCGUCAACCUUUUCUUUUGGAAACGCGGGGGCCGUGGCGGCGAGCGCGGCAGCGCCCAAGCCGGCACCCGCCUUCUCAUUCGGCAACGCGGGGGCCCAGGCGGCGCCCGGGGACGCCCCGGGGGCCGCCCCCUCCACGCCCAAGUUCGUGUUCGGACAGAAGACUGACACCUCGCCGGGCACCUUUACGUUUGGGACAGCUUCCCUGGCGACGUCGCCGCCGGCGCCGGCGUCGUUUGGGUUUCCGUCUGCAGGCACGGCGGCACCGGCGACCCAGCCGCUGGCGGGCCAGGGCUCGUUUGGAGAGGCCAAGCCGAAGGCGUCGAGCGGCGGCUUCAAGUUCGGGACGUCCCAGGAGGGUGGCUCCACGUUUGCGGUGGAGGCGCCGCAGCCGGCCCAGAGCACCCCAUUCUCCUUUGGCGCGACGCCGGCACCGGCCCCAGUCGGAGGUGGCUUCUCCUUUGGGGCGUCCCAGCCGGCUGCUAGCCAGCCCGCCGCCCCGGCCUUCUCCUUCAACGCGGGCGUGCCCACGCCCGCGGCCCCCCGUCUGGACUUUGCCCAGCCCUCUGCGUCUCCCUUUGGGGCGGCCCCCCCGGCGGCUCCUGCGUUUGCCUUCGGGGGCCCCAUGGCGGCGCCCGCCGCGCCCCAGGCGGCUAGCUUCCAGUUCGGAGCCUCGGCCCCCAACCAGGGAGGAGUCUUCCGCUUCGGGGCACCCUCUCAGGGUGCCCCGGAGAGCGGGACGCAGCCCCAGCCAGGCGGCUUCAACUUCUCGGCGGCGCAGCCGGCCGCCCUGGGCGCCUUUGGCCAGCAGCAGCAACCGGGAGCCAAUCCGAGCCAGGGAGGGUUCGGCUUCAACGCUGCCGCCCCCGCCAACCUGCCGGGAUUCGCAUUCCCGCCCGGGGCAGACAAUCCAUUCAGCGCCACGGGCACCGGAGGAACGACGCAGGCUCGCCGGAUACGCAAGGCCAUUCGCCGCAAGCCCAACCAGCCCCGAUAGGGUAGCCCUCGCGACCAGUUUCAGAGAGCAUAGGCAAAAUCACCGAGCGUUUGUUUUCGUGCGCCAUUCUUGAACCCAUCUGCCCUGCUUGGUUACGUGUCAAUGAGCAGAUUGUGUUUUUUUUUUUUUUUUAAAUGCAUUAGUUUUGUAAAAAUAAUGUCCUCCGCGAGGUGGUCUUUGCAAAACGGCGGCAGAGGUGGCAGACGCACAGACGAAAACGACACCGAGUUCCGCAGUGCUGCGCCCCUCGCGCGCAAUUGUUUUAGUUGUUCUACACAGAAUGUUGCCAAAUGAAACGAGUAUGACUACGGUACACUGGCUGGAUUUGAACUUUUUGAAAUUCUAGCAACGGAGACUGGAAACCAGCCGUGCUGCACAUGCAGCCUGUACAUUUUGUAUAAAGCCUGGGCGGUGCGAAUGCUUUUUCUAGCAAGUGAUAAAGGGGCACAGGGAAACUCAUCUUAGAAAUCCAGCCAUUGUACAAAGUGCUCACACAGUUUUUCCCUCUUGACGCGCAUUGUAAAGUUAUCUUUGACGUAGCUUUUAUUUUUCUUUAAUCCAUUUUGUACGGCGGAAAAUGAUGAAUUGUUUGGUGCCAGUUUGUUCAAUAAACGAUUUAAUGCUGCAACAUAGAAAAA